AUGUCCGAUCAAGGAACCGACAAGGAGGGGAGGCUGGUAGAGAAGAAGGCGGGAGAGGAGGCGGAGAAGAAGGCGGAGAAGAAGGCGGAGAAGCAGGCGGAUGCAGUUGUAGUGAACCACCUGCCUGCCACUGUGAUGCUACAUACUCCCUCCAGUACGCCCAAGGCCGAGGAGUGUUACGACAAGAACGCUUACCUGAGCAGAGUGAUAUCAAGUGUCGAGUCAAAAGACAGCAUGCUAUUGAAGAUCAACUCAUUCGUCUUGCAGCUUGGAAGGUCUAUCAGCUCUCUUCCAUCCUCUGUCUCAGUUGCUCUUGACUCGAUUCACAGUGUCCUUAAGGAAACAUUUGGGCCGACAACCACACUGUCUCUGUACGGAUCAACAGUUUAUGGGUGUGCGACAGUUGAUAGCGACUUGGACAUUACAUUUUGCAUUGGUGAUCAGGACAUGGGACUUGAAACGAAACGAAAGUUGUUGAAGAGACUCUCAAAGGUCCUCCGUCAGCGACUUCAAUGUCAGUGUUUGGCAAUUUUGCGAUGUCGCGUGCCCCUGAUCAAGCUGGAGGACAAGAACACAAACAUCAAGGCUGACCUUUCCACUGGAAAUGCUGCCCCGAUACCCCAGGCUAGACUCCUUCAAAGAUAUUCGAACAUGGACUCAAGAAUCUCGAAGCUUGCCAUCCUCGUGAAGCAUUGGUCCAGAACAAGGGGCAUCAAUGACGGAGCGAAUCUAAUGAAUUCGUAUUGUUAUUGUCUUCUGGUUCUGCACUUCUGUCAAACGAUCCAACCUCCGAUCUUGCCGAUUUUGGACUGUAACAAACCAAUCCAUGGUAAUGUACUGAAGUUAUCGAGUCGAGAUCAAUUGCUGCAGGAUUCGAAGUUUCAAGGCCGUCGCGAGUGGGUUUCUGAGAACGUCCAGACCCUUUCAGAGCUUCUGGGAAAGUUUUUCAAGUAUUAUGCGGAGGUGGAUAUGAAUGUGAGGGAUUUUGGGUUGGAGAAGAUAGUCAAGGAGUUCCAGAGAGGAGAUAUGGUGAUGAACUCGACACAGAUCGGAGAUUUAUUCAUUCCAAGUAAAGGAAAGAAGAAGUGA